GAGAGAGAGAGAGAGAGUGCUUUUUGUGCACUACGCGGAAAAGGAGAAAAGAUUGAAAACAAAUUCCGGCAGAUCACAAGAAAAAACAAAUCCAGAAUCCGUGAGUGAAGGGAACAUCAAGGGGCAGCACACAGAUUGGUCCUCGUCCACCACCCCAUAGCCAUAGGGGCGGAAUUAAGAAGCAUCAUCUCAUCGAAACAUCCAUAUGAAGCACAUCGUAAAGCUUUUAGCAUUGUUGGUGGCCGUAUCUGCCUUUUGGAUCGGUCUUCUUGAGACAGUGAUCCCACGUUCUUAUGCUUGGUUGUUGCCAGUAUAUUUCGUUGUGUCACUCGGAUGCUAUGGUCUUUUGAUGGUUGGGGUUGGUUUGAUGCACUUUCCAACAUGUCCUCAGGAAGCAGGGUUGCUGCAACAGGACAUUGCAGAGGCCAAAGAAUUCUUGAAGCAGAGAGGGGUUGAUGUGGAAUAUGAUUGAAGACUUUAUCUUAUGGCUCUUUUGAAGAACCAGGGUGAUUUUCAGGCAGUUUCAAUUCUAUAUGAUCAAAACUUGAGGUACAAAUUGGAUUAUAAGUUGAGGAGUGUUAAAUUUGAUGAGGUAAGAGUUUGCUAACAGGUCUCUGAAAUUUGGAUCGGCAAAUGAAAAUUAUAGAUGCAGAAUAUGUUGGAUGAACGUAUGUAAAAGUUAUUAUAACUUACGUAUGAUGUUCAUUAAAGAGAAAUUUAUGACUGAUUUGAUUAACUUUAA